CGACUCUUAAAUCCAGCCGCUGCUCUGUUUUUACGCAGCAGAUUUGAAGAAACAAACAUCCAAACAGGAGGAGCUGAGCCUGAAGGAAACGUCCCCCGGUAUUUUGACAUCUUUGAAAUCAUUCUCAGCGGCAGACACACUCGGGGACCUAGAACCAUGACACGAGCUGUGGCUGUGCUCACGCUUCUCCUCGCCGUGUCUCUCUCGUGCCGGAGCGUCCUCGCCGGUUACGGGAUGAGCCUGUUCGCGGCGCAGACCUCUCCCCCGGACCCCUGCUACGACGAGCACGGCAACCCGCGGCGCUGCAUCCCGGACUUCGUGAACUCCGCCUUCGGGAAGGAGGUGAAGGUGUCCAGCACCUGCGGAAAGGUGCCCAGCCGCUACUGCGUGGUGAGCUCCGCGGACAAAGGAGAAGAGAGGACCAGGAACUGUCACACCUGCGAUGCUUCAGACCCCAGGAAGUACCACCCUCCCGCGUACCUGACGGACCUCAACAAUCCGCACAACCUCACGUGCUGGCAGUCCGAGAACUUCAUCCAGUACCCGCAGAACGUCACCCUGACCCUGUCCCUAGGGAAGAAGUUUGAGGUGACUUAUGUGAGCCUGCAGUUCUGCUCUCCUCGACCUGAAUCCAUGGUGAUUUAUAAGUCCAUGGACUAUGGAAAAACCUGGGUGCCCUUUCAGUUUUACUCCACGCAGUGCAGGAAGAUGUACAACAAGCCGAACAGGGCCGUGAUCACCAAGCAAAACGAGCAGGAGGCCGUGUGUACGGACUCCCACACCGACAUGUACCCUCUGACCGGCGGCCUCAUCGCCUUCAGCACGCUGGACUUGAGACCCUCCGCGCACGACUUUGACAACUCCCCGGUGCUGCAGGACUGGGUCACGGCAACCGACAUCAAGGUUAUCUUCAGCAGGUUGCACACUUUCGGAGACGAGAACGAGGACGACUCGGAGCUGGCACGGGACUCGUACUUCUACGCCGUGUCGGACCUGCAGGUCGGAGGGAGAUGCAAGUGCAACGGGCACGCAUCCCGGUGCGUAAAGGACCGGGAUGGGAGUCUGGUUUGUGAGUGCAAACACAACACGGCCGGGCCCGAGUGUGACAGGUGCAAACCUUUCCACUACGACAGACCGUGGCAGAGAGCUACAGCCCGGGAGGCCAACGAGUGCGUGGCCUGCAACUGUAACCUGCAUGCUCGACGUUGUCGUUUCAACAUGGAGCUGUACAAACUGUCUGGAAGAAAGAGCGGAGGAGUCUGCCUUAACUGCCGCCACAACACAGCUGGGCGCCACUGCCACUACUGCAAAGAGGGCUACUACAGAGACCUUUCCAAACCCAUCUCACACAGGAAGGCCUGCAAAGCAUGUGAUUGCCAUCCCGUGGGUGCUGCUGGCAAAACCUGUAACCAAACCACAGGACAAUGUCCCUGUAAAGACGGCGUGACUGGUAUCACGUGCAACCGCUGCGCUAAAGGCUACCAGCAGAGCCGCUCGCCCAUUGCCCCCUGCAUAAAGAUUCCUAUUGCACCUCCUACAACCCCGUCCAGCAGUACAGAGGAGCCUUCAGACUGUGACUCUUACUGUAAGGCAUCUAAAGGUAAAUUGAAGAUCAACAUGAAGAAGUACUGCAAGAAAGAUUAUGCUGUCCAGGUGCACAUCCUGAAGGCGGACAAAGCUGGUGAUUGGUGGAAGUUUACUGUCAACAUCAUCUCCGUCUACAAGCAGGGCGAGAGCCGCAUCCGCCGUGGGGACCAGUUCCUGUGGGUGCGGGCCAAAGACGUGGCCUGCAAGUGUCCCAAGAUCAAGCCGGGGAAGAAAUACCUUCUGCUGGGGAACGACGAGGACUCCCCUGGGCAGAGCGGGGUGGUGGCAGACAAAGGCAGCCUGGUUAUCCAGUGGAGGGACACGUGGGCGCGCAGGCUCAGGAAGUUCCAACAGCGCGAGAAGAAAGGCAAGUGCAAGAAGCCAUAGGUGUAAAAAAGACGGAGAGGAGAGAAAAGCUGUGCGGGUCAUUAUAAAAAAAAAGUGAAAGAGAGGCAGACUGAGGACCACGGACAGACAAGAGACUGUUUAUGUCGCUGCUUUUUCGUGUAGAAGCAUGAAGAGAAAAAUAUUUAGGAUGACUUGUUUUUCUAGUGAACUGUUGUUGAAGGAGCUCACCCUGCAGAUUUGGUUUUAUGGUUUAUUUUACUUUGAGAUGUCUUCUCUCUUGUGGAUUUGCCGAAUUUGCACCUAUUACCAGCUUAUAAAGUUAUUUGUGUUUGUUUUCUUUAUCUCAGUAUGCCAUCAUUAUAUUUUUAUGUUUUGAUUUUAUGGACAUUUACUGCUGGUUCAAAACGACAGAAAAAGUCACUUAAUAACCACUGCAGUUUUGCAUCUGCAUGGAUUUCUCUUUGUAUGUUUUUCUGCUAAGAAGCAAGCUUGUUCUCAGAAAAAAAUUCUUCACUGAUCUCACUGAAACAGUGUCCUCAACAAGAAUGGUGCCAUAAAACCGAUUGUUUCAGAAAUGCAUAGCUCAUUUAUCUGUCACUUCUACAAAGUCAGUGACAUCCGCAACUCAAGAGACGUGAAAUGUGUUUGCAUUUUUAGCUUAUACAAAUUAAGAUUAUUGUGGUGACAGCUGAGAAUUGUGGAACAAACUUAAGCAUUUUUUUCCUGAGUAAUCUUGAGUACAUGUUUAAUCCUUUCUUUGCCCUAUUGUGUCCACUCAUUAGUUUAUAGGGAAGAGUAUUAGGGAAAAAACUGCAUGUGAAUUGUUUUCAUUGGAGAGUGUUAGUGUUCAGUUCACUAACCAGAGCUGCUGAAAAUUAAAAAAAAAAAAAAAAAACAUGUUACAAAGAGGAGAGAUUUCAUUUGAAGCCACAAACUUUCAUUGCAAAUACAAAUUCAAUACAAAUCCCAGCCUUUACUGUCAUUAUACUCAUUAUACUUUACGAUGGCGCUCCUUCAGUUAAAUUAUAUUUAAUAAUUUAAGGCUUAAGAAUGAUUACAGCACAUUGAUAUCUUACUUUUCUUUUUAACUGUUGGCCUUACUGGGGUACAGCAUAAUACGACUCACAGAACUGAUUAGUAUUGAAACAAAAAAAAAGUGGAACUGUUCCCAAAAUUUUUCAUUAAAUUUCUCAUAUAGAAAAGACAAUAUUUGUCCUCUAGUGGCUGCAAAAUAAACUUUAAAGUAUGUAUUUUUUAUUUAAAUGAAUUGAGCCAGAUUUACAGACUUUAAACAUAUUCUGCCACAGAAAUUAAGAAAUUAAUUUUCUGUAUUUUGCUGUGAAAUGGACGCAUCCUCACUAACAGUACCUGUGAUUGAAAGUGCUGCAUAUAUUUCACUGCAAAACUCAAGAUAAACAAGUGUAUUUGUCUGAUUUGUAGUCAAAAUGAUCUCAUUACAGUUAUUUUGUCAGAUUGUUCUGACAAGUCUGCAUUAGCAUCUUAUUUCAAGAUAUGAAAGCCAAAAAUAAGACCCAAGUUGCUGGUUAUGAGUAAAUAAGUUUCUGAUGGCACAUAAAAAAUAUCUGAAGUCUUUUUUCAAGAUACCUAAGAAGAUCAAAUUUUGUGUUGCAGAUUGAUUUUUACUUAUUACAUGCAGAUUGAUAAUCUUGCAAGGCCAAUGGAUUUGCCAGAUUUCAAAUCUGUCAUCUGGUUGAUCCAUCUUGUCAGUGUGGAAUGCCUCUUCAGCCCAUGAAUAGCCUGACCAAUCAGUGUCAUUGGAGGAGAACGGGGCAGUAGCCAUGGGUGUGGUUUAAUUUUACUGCAAGUCUGUAAACAAUGGCUGCCAGUGGAGAGAUUAGCCUGGAUGCAGCUAAAGCAUCAGUUUAAUCAAAAUAGGACAGUGUUUCUUAAUUAAAAGAAGAGCAAGGAACUGUAUUGAAAGUUUUUAUUGGUGGUAAAGAUGUUUUUCCUUCUCCCCCAACCAGCUUUAACAAGAAUUUGAUUCAGUUAUGUAGUUUAUUUAAAGGGGGAGGCAAACAAGUGGUUCACUCUGAUUAGCCACAACUGUGUACGGGAUGUUGCCCAGAUGGAUAUGAAAUAGAUACCAUGCCAUGGAUAUAAGAAACACACAUACUUAUAGUUAGUUUAACCAGCAAGUGAUACCAGCGUUGGCUACCAAGGGAUACAAAUUCAAUUGUUUGUCCAGUUAAUUCUACAUAUCCCUUGUUCUUUCUGACUUCUCCAGCUUCCUCCCGCAGUCCAAAGAUAUGCUCGUUUGUAACCCUAAAUUGCCCGUAAGCGUGAGUCUGCCUGGUUGUUUGCCUUUGUGUGUCAGCCCUGUGGCUGACUGACGUCCAGUCCAGGAUGCACACAGUCUCUUGCCCAAUGACAGCUGGGAUAGACUCCAGGCCCUGCAACCCUAAAUAGGAUAAGCGGAUGGAUGAUUGAUGAAUAAAUAAGCAAUUUUAUGCCAAAUCUUUUGGUUUUUACAUCUUGAAAUAAGAAAUCUUGGCAAGAAAUCAGAUGGAUACAACAGCUUGGAUUUGUGUUUAUUCAGUGCUCUCAGAGGACAUGUGAAUACAGUGUUUCAUCAGUGUAACAAUGCAGAUGUUUUUGGUCAUUGUAAGUGCAUUCCUCAUAUACCUGUUCAUUCAAAACACUUUGUAAAAUGUGUCAAAAUACAUCCAAAAGACAGAAAAUAGCCUCUAAUUUGGCCUCUAAGGUAUCACUAGUGUUCAUUUGAGUGCAUACUGUUCUUAUGUAAAGAUUUCUGAAUGAAUGCAGAUAGUAGAAAGUAAUUAGCAUUGGAAUAAUAAAAAGAAAAGUAUUUUCUUGCCUCAUUUAAUGCAGCAGUGAAUCUUCAAUGAAAACUUUACCACAAACAGUACCUUUAAUGUAUUUCUCACUUCACACUGGCUUGCUUUCAUCUAGAAUAAAUCUUACCGUCCUAUGAGAUAGCAUUUAAAUACUGAGUCCUCCCUCCUUUUUGGUGCAUGACUGUACAUUGUUUAAAAAAAGGACACUCAGGAGCUGCAGUGUCCCUUUGACCUGUCACAUUAAUUCUCUUCACCUUCACACUUGUGCAGGGAGAAAUGGGCUGAAUUGCAAUCACUUGGUGCUGCUUGAUUCAAACCACAUUGCUCAUUUUAUUUGUGUGCGGUUCAGUUUGGAUUUCUCUGAAGAAUGCAUGGUGAGAAAAAAAAACACAGCUCAGGUUUGUAAAAUAUCAUGAAGUUGGGUUUCCUUUCAGUCCAUGCCUGAACACAUGUUUGAUGUUGCUGGUGUUCGCUGUUUUACUGGAUUAUAUUUAGCACCUUUCAGUGCAAGAAAAAGUAACUCUUAAAGGUUUUAAGGUCUUUUUAAGGCACAUGGUUUUCAUCUAGUAGACUCUUUACUUCCUUUGUUGGGUUAACAAUGAUUUCUGAUUCCAGGAACUUUGUUUAUAGGCUGGAUGCCUCAUUGAUGAUGAUGGAAAAUGAGAAGAGUUUGAUUUUUUUCAGCUAUGGGGAUCAGAAUCACCAGAGUUGAACUGUAAGAAAAGAUUAACUGGUAAGGAUUAGAUGUUUUUUACGAUAAAAUCAAUCAAAUGAUGCUGAUGUCAGUAAAAUAAUGUGUUUGUCCGGCAUCAUUGAUGACAUAAUACUCACUCGUUUCUGCCUUCAUUUUUACUUUGCAUCAUAACUCUCCAUGUCAGUGUUUUUUUUGUCGGGCACAAUGUAAUCUGUAAUCCCACUUCUAUAAUCUGUGUAGCCUCAUGCUGUAAAUUUUUACAUCCGUCUCCAGAGUGACGAUUUGACAAGCUUCCUGAUGAAUCACCACACACACAAGCCUGUCAAAGCAUUGCUUUGUGUUCAUACUAUGAAUUGUAAAUGUUGUUUAGUUGUCACCAUUGCCAAGACUUUUGCAAUGUUUUUACAAUGCGUACUAAUAUAUUAUGGUUAUUAUAUAUGAAUAUAUUUAAUGACACAAGACAUUGUGGAUAUUAUUGUCUUUUUCAACUUUUUUUGUACUUUUGUUUGUGGUCGUUUAGAUUGUUGCCAUUAAAGAAGGAAAUAAUAACUACUGAA